CUGUGGAAUGUUUCAGUGGGGAAAUGUCAUUCAUGCAGCUAAUACUCUUCUGCUCGCUGACAGCAGCUGCGCUGUCCGAUGGAAUGCAGCAACAACGCCAGAAGCCUUUGUCCUGGUGGCAGGAGCAAUAUUACCAAUCGAAAUGGCGUCAGAGAUUUCGUUUCACCACAACUGCCGUGCCGGGGGCCACACCCGAGUGGCAUGAAGUGCGGAUGGUGUAUCCCUGCUACUGCUACAAGCCGCCACAGGAAGGUGAGGCCACAACCGCCAACUACGAGAGGUAUAUGGUUGAGAACGAAGAUUUGUUUAUAUUGAAUAAAUAGCUUGCCCACA